AUGACGAUGCCACCUCCAUGGUCCGAUCUCCCCGACGACCUCCUCCGCGUGGUCUAUACCAAGGUCGUCGGCCCACUCCAGCGCAUCCGUUUCGCCGCCGUGUGCAGGUCGUGGCGAGCGGGUGUGAUCACGUUGCUGCAUGCGGCGCCGUCCGUUGUACCGUGGCUUAUCUUGAGCCACGCUCAUGAGGAGGACAAGAGGGGGAUGUACUGUCCCAAGGAUAACCAGGUCUUCUUCCCUGUGUCGCUGCCGAUCCAGGCGGUCGGCAAGCGGUUCGUGGGGGGUCAUGACGGCGGGUGGGUAGCCGUGCUUGGGGACAACAUGGCACUCGCAGUCGUGAACCUCUUCUCCGGCAUUGAGGUGUUGCUGCCCGUAAAGGACAUGUGGUCGGUCUGCCCAGGCAGCCGGACUGAAAUAAUUCCCAAGGUUGUCUUCUCAGAAUCCCCAGCCUCAAGUGGUUGCAUCCUCGCUGCCAUCACCUCCCAUGGUGUUGCGCUAUGUAGGAUUGGUUGUCCGAACGGUGAGUGGACAGAAAAACACCUCAGAUGCGGGAUUGUGGACAUCUUAUUCUUCAAUGGGCAACUAUAUUGCCUCACCAUCUUCGAGGAUUUGUUCAAGCUCGAAAUAGGUGUGAACAAACAUCAUGAGCCGGUGGUCACGGCCGAACCCCGCCUGUUGUCAAUUCCACCGCAUAGCAACCCUUUCCCCGCUCAGCCUAACAACAUCCUUGAGCUAAACGGCAAGCUAGUGAUGGUGGUGAGGACCGCCUGGCCGCCGCUAGACGAAUAUUUUCCGGAGCGUGAGCCCUUCUUCAGGGUGUUUGAGCUUGCUGAUGAAUCGACGGCAGAGUGCACCUACAAGUGGAAGGAGGUAACGAGUUUGGGUGACUAUGCAAUUUUCUUAGGGAAAAUGUGGUCCAAGGCGGUGUACCUGUCGGCUGUUGGGCACAACGAGUUGCCGAGAAGCUGCAUCUAUACUACUGAUGAUUUGGUAGACUCAAGGAGGUUGCAAGAUCAUGGUUAUUGUUUAUAUCCUACGAGUGUCUAUGUCAAGUGGGGCAUCCGAACAUAUGUACUUGCUCAUGCUCCAGGUGGCAUGUGGGUUCUACCUCCAGAUUUCUAG